CUCCACAGGCGGCAGUGAAGUUACUCGCGGGCACUCAACAGCGACGGAACAGCAAGUCUGGCAAUUCCGACAUUUGUAUAUACCACUACACGACCAUCUCAAAAUAUACAGCAAGUAGAACAUAAUGGGGCGUGGUGGCCAGAGGCCCCCGAGCCCUGCCACCCUGGCUGCUAUAGUGCCGCCGCUGCGCGACGACGAGCUACAGCACUACACGGUCUUAGAAGGAGCGGCCUAUGACCUACGAAAGCUCGGCGACCGCCACCCCGGCGGCGCUUUGGCACUAACCUUCGCGGGCGGCCGGGACCUGAGUCGGACGUGGGCGGGCCUCCACGGCUUCGCGGACCCGCAGAAAACUAGAGCGUGGUUGACGCAUAUGAGGGUCAGAGACAAGGAGCUCGAGCGACGCAUCGUGCGACGAGCAAAACCAGACGCGUACAGCGAGGGCGAUAAUGUAUCAGCACAUCUCGCGCGCAUCGAGCGGGAAGCAUCGAGCUUCAAUGAAUUAUCGCAGAAAGGCCGCGUGCCUCCAUCAGAACCUCCGUCCCAUUUAAUAGAGCGCGACUUGGGCGGCGAACUCGGGACGAGGGUGCGGUGGUUGUUCCGCAGGAAAGCUCAUGCAUCAAAAACAUCAUUGAAUGCAGCCACGAAGGCGCCCACGGCGUACUGGCCCUGGUUAAUUGUAGUAGUGACGGCCUUCCUCGCGUCCUAUGUUUCAUGGUGUCGAGGGAGCUACGUCGGGUUGAUAGCACUCGGCCCGCUCGGCCAGUUACUAGCCUUCGCGGUGAUGCACGACGCGUCGCACUACGCCAUCUCGACCAAGCGCUGGGUCAACGUCGCGCUGGCCUACGCGGGCGUCGCCUACACGUCGCCGCACGAGUGGACGCUGCAGCACGUCCUCGGCCACCACGUCGCGCCGAACGUGGAAGGCGAGGACCCGGACGUCGUCCACGCGCGGCGCUACAUGAAAGCAUUAACUGGCGUCGGGAAAGCUUUUGAUGCGCUGCUCGUGUGGCUCGUGGCUCUACCGGCAGCCAUAACUUUACUGGCACCGGUACGCGUGCGCAAGAACGACGGCGUCUACCCCGCCUCGACGGUGCACGAGGGCGAACGAAGUAUGAUAAGGCACGUGGCGCACUUCGCCGGACGGUUAAUACAUGCGCUGGCAUUCUUCCUCUGGCCCUUCUACGUCUACUCACCACUCACAGCGGUAACGUGGGUCUUGAUUCCGGCCUGCUCUGGUUCUUUAGUUUUUAUGGCCGUGACGCAGGUGGCGCAUUUACUGGAGGCCACGAUCGAGGGGCCCUCGAAUGCGCCUCGAUCCUGGGCCUCGCAGCAAAUUGCGAAUGCGUGCGAUUUCGCGCCGGACUCGCCGUUAGUUGCGAGAUUGACGGGCGGCCUCAAUAGACAAGUGGAGCACCACCUCUUUCCGACCGUGCACCACUCGCACCUACCGGAGCUAUCAUCUAUAGUACAAGAUGUCACAAAAAGAAGAGGCCUGGACCACCACGUCCUGCCGUCCGCCACAAAAGCUCUGGGGGACCACCUCGCGUUCUUGCGGAGCCUCGAGGAGGCGCCUCCAUUACCUGUCGUGUACGACGGUACUGUGGUGCACGCGCGCGCGCCGAUUGCCAACGAACCUAGACAUCGCUUCUCCGCGUCGCAUGCCAUGUGGUUAUUGCCCUUGGAUGAUCCCGAGGCCAUGCGCACCCUUGAGAAAGGAUGUAUCCGGUGGCGCGCCGCGGACCAUCUGAGGUCGAGGCCCGGGGAGAGGAAGACACCAAAAGACGUCGCGGACGCCGUCCGAUCUCUCUGUCGGGAACGAGGAGGCUCUUUAAAAAGAGUGGACUCGCCCGAUAGUGUGAUCAAGCACUUUCAAGGUAGUAGACGUACGGGCCUCGGUUCGGUCUCACUAUUGACGAUGCCUCGGACCUUCGGCUACGUCUUCAACCCCAUCUCCGUCUACUACGUGAGGGAUGCGAAUGACAAGCCGGCCUAUGUUGUUUUUGAAGUGUCGAAUACGCCUUGGCUGGAAGAAACGCUCUACGUACAUCCCGUUAAUACAAAAGAUACAUAUGAAGAUAUGAAGAAGAUGCACGUGUCGCCCUUCCAGCCCAUGGGCCAAAUGUACAAGUGGACGGCGCCGUUUCCUUCUGAGAAUGUGUCUCUAAGGGUCGACGUGUCGAGAAAUGAUAAGCCGUAUUUCGUGGCCACGUUCGACGGUGCCGCGUCGACGGCGCCUUCCACAACAUUAGGGAGAGUGCGUACGGCUCUCAAACUGACCCCACAUACCGCCGUCUUGUUAAUCCACGCGCACGCCGCCCUCUUACUAGCAAAAGGUGCAAAAUUCUACCCUCAUCCAAGCGGCGUGAAGACGGCCAUGUCGCGAUGUAUCGAGGUGAUCUAUCAUUCGCGGUAUCGCUUGUUGGCCUACUACUUGUUGAGACGGUUGCAUGCGCCUCAGUACCUCAUCGCGACGGCGGCCGUCAGCGUCUUACAGCGCGCCGCGUCUGUAUUGUCAAGGAAAAGUUCAUCGAAGAACGUGUCAUCAAAGGAUACCAAAGAUGUACCUUUCGAGAUGGUCGAGUCCCCGAAAAAUAACAGUACGCCGAUGCUGGCUACUGAGGAGAAUUUAGCCGGUAAUGCUACUGGAAAGCGCGUCGCCAUCAUCGGUAGUGGCAUUGCGGGCAACGGUGCUGCUUACUUACUAAAAAAGCGCGGCGUCGACGUCACGGUCUUCGAGGCCUCAUCAAUACCGGGCGGCCACGCGCUUACGGUCGAGGUCGAGGGCCGUGCUGUCGACGUGGGCUUCCAGGUCUUCAACCUCGCGAACUACCCGAGACUGUCAAAACUGUUCGAUGAACUAGGCGUGCAGCACGUCCAGAGCGACAUGAGCCUGUCGUGUGAGGGCACGCAGUGCUGGUCCUCGAAGAACCCGUUAGUUGGUUGUUUGUUGUCACCAAGCAAACUCUGGCAGCGGUUGUCUUUACUCAUGGAGAUCCUCAAGUUCGAGAAAAAGUGCAAACAGCUCUUGCAGAGUGAAGAAGAUCCGUCUUUGUCCAUACAAGAAUGGUUAAACGAAAAUAACUUCUCGGAAAGGCUAGCUCGAGAAUACUGCGAGCCCAUGGUCGGGGCCAUCUGGUCGCGUACGCAGGGCGAUGUGUUAGAUGAGUUUCCGAUCUUGGGCGUGGCCCAGUUUCUGGCGAACCACUACAUGCUCGACCGGUCGCGGCCGGCGUGGCGAACGCCGCGGUUAAGAUCGCAGGACUACGUUACGAAGUUAGUCGAGAAGGUCGGGCGGGACGCGUAUCGACUAUCAUCGAGGGUGCGCGCUGUACAUAAGGAUCGCUCCAAUAAGUGGUUAAUAGAGUCCGAUUCACCGACGGCCCUGGCCUUCGACGCUGUUAUACUCGCGUGCGACGCGCCGACGGCUUCUACCAUACUAGGGGACCAGGCGCCGGACCUACUCAAGCAGCUCAAGGUAACGCAAAAUGAUGUCUGUGUCCACCGCGACGCGUCGCUCAUGCCUUCUGACAGAAACGCGUGGGCGGCCUGGAACUGCCGGCCGAACGGCGUGUUGACCUACUGGGCGAAUGUGCUACAGCCCGGUGUCGAUGAUCAGGACCUGUUUAUUACCUUGAAUGGAUCUACGCCAGCCCCCUUAUGGCGGCGGACGUUACAACAUCCCGUGCUCGAUGCGGCGUCGCAGAAAUGGAGGGAGUCAUUACCAUCACUCCAGGGGAACGAGGGUAUUUAUUUUGCCGGCGCCUGGUGCGGCUUCGGCUUCCACGAGGACGGCCUCAAAUCGGCCUACGAUGCUGUGGAUGCUUUGUGUGGUACGACGACCCCUAUCGCUCGAUCACCAUUUGUAGCCAGUUCAUCCUUGACGAAGACGGCUUUAAGAUGUGUCUGUCGCGGCGCUCGAGCGCUAGCAGCAAGGACUGCUGAUAAAACGAGACCGCGGCCGGAGAUCGUCCUGACUUUACCGGAAGGUCUCGACUUAAUAGCGGCCGACGCCGUCUCUAGUAAAGAGAGAGUUGAGGUAAGAAUCCUAGACGGACGAGCGGCCUGGCGGUUAUUAGCUGAUCCGUCGAUGGGGCUGGCCGAGGGGUACAUGGAGGGGAGCCUCGACCUGAAGCCGUCUAUUCGAGCUGUGUUACAUGCCGCCCUGAAAUGUAAAAAUAAGGAUGCGGGCGAUAGUCCCCAGAACGUGGCGUCGCGAUCACUCCUCACAGUCGGCAAGCGGUUCACCGACGUCAUCCAACACGCGUUCAACGCCAAUACUAAGUCAGGUAGCUUGAAGAACAUCGCGGCGCACUAUGAUUUGUCCAAUGCCUUUUAUGAGCUGUGGUUGGAUGAAACCCUCACCUACUCCUCAGCUUUGUAUGAUGACCACGAGCCCUACUUACGAAGGGAAGGUUUACUGGUAGAUGACGGUCGGAGAGGUACUGUGGACGAAGACGCAUCAGACGACGUGUUAGCGGCAGCGCAACGUAGGAAACUAGAUUCAUUACUGGACAAGGCCGGCGUGCGCGAUGGUGAUAGAAUACUAGAGAUCGGGUGCGGCUGGGGUAGUCUAGCGUUGCGGUGUACGGAACGCUUCCCGAACUGUGAGUACGUGGCCAUCACUAUUUCCCGGGAACAGUUGAACGAAGCCUCGCAACGGUUGGAAGGUAAGAGCAAUGCCAGGGUCGUCUUCUGCGACUAUCGCGACGCGCGAGACAAGCUGGGCUUGUUCGAUCGCGUGCUGUCCUGUGAGAUGAUCGAGGCCGUCGGCCACGCCUUUUUACCGUCCUAUUUCUCGGCGAUCCACGCCUGUCUGAAGGGCGGUGGGUCGGCCUCCCUACAGAUCAUCACGGUGCCCGACGAACGGUACGCUUCAUAUAUCAAGGGUAGCGAUUUCAUCCGGAAGCACGUCUUUCCUGGUUCUUCAUUGGUAUGUCUGGAAGCCGUAAAAAAAGCCCUGCCGAAGCUAGGCUCUUUAGCUUUAAGGUUGGACGACGCGGCUACUUUAAGCAUGGGCGUAUCUUAUGCUCGUACCUUACGGGCGUGGCGCGUCCGUUUCGACGCUGUCGAAGACCAGGUAUCUAAGCUCGGUUUUGAUGACGUCUUCGUCAGGAAGUGGAGGUAUUAUCUGGACUACUGCGAGGCGGGCUUCGCGUGUGGUCAUAUCGACGUGAAGCAGAUACGACUCGAGAAGACGGACGAAAGCCUUGCGAGAGAAGCGACGGAGGGCGCCCAUGGUUCGAAACCCAUCUCGGUGAAGGAUAUGACUAUCAAGGCCGUGAAGGGCGUGGCCACUACGGCCUUUGAGCGAGGCUUACUGCCGGAUUUCGUGACGCGGUAUGGGAUAAGACAGCUCUCGGCGCAGCAACUGAGGCACUGCGACGACGCCGGUCGCGCAGCCAACAACGGCGAGGCGGGCUUGGCUGGUAGUCAAGAGAAGCUCCGGGAGACCAUCCAGGCUUUGUUGGAAGCGCCGGUAGCAGUAUGUACGUCCGAGGCGAACGAGCAGCACUACGAAGUCGACGCGCGCUUCUACGGGCUGUGUCUGGGGCCCCAUAGGAAGUACUCUGCUUGUUUAUAUGAAGGGGCGGAGCCGAAGUGGCCCGGGAACAAACUGCAAAAAGACGCGGCUCGGUUACUGCCAAAGGCGGAAAAGGAUUCAUUAGAUCAAGUCGCGGCUCGCGGCGACAUCACGCAGGCCACGAAAGCUAUCUUAGAUUGCGGCUGCGGCUGGGGGUCGGCCUCGCUGUACUUGGCGGAUAGAUUCCGGAACGCCCAGGUGGUAGGUGUCUCGAAUUCUCAUUCCCAGAGAAGGUACAUCAUGGGCCAGGCUCAAGAACGAGGAUUGACGAACCUGCAGAUUGUGACACUGGAUUUGUCGAAGGAGCCUCUCACAAAAGCCUUGGACGCGUUGCAGAGUCGACUGCCGGGCCAGUAUUUCGAGCGCGGCGUCUCGAUAGAGAUGUUCGAGCACAUGAAGAAUUAUAAGGCAUUAUUUGAGAAGAUCACGGCGGUACUACAGGACCAGGGCCGCUUCUUCGUGCACGUGUUCUGCCACCGGCAGUACGCGUACCACUUCGUGGCCAAGUCCGACGCGGACUGGAUGGCCAAGUACUUCUUCGCGGGCGGUACCAUGCCUUCGGCCGAUUUAUUUGUUCAUUUUGCGGCGCGGAAAGAUGCGCCCGUCGCGCUCGUGGACCACUGGCGGAACAGCGGCGUGCAUUACGCGUUGACGGCGGAAGGCUGGCUCCAGAACAUGGACGCCAACGCGGCGGAAGUCAGAGAGAUAUUAAAGGAGGCCUACCCUGAAAAUGAGACGGAGCUCUGGUUCCACCGCUGGCGCGCCUUUUACCUCGCGUGCGUCGAACUCUUCGGCUACGACGGCGGCCAGGAGUGGUGCAUCGGGCACUACCUCUUCGAGAAGCGGUGACGCUUUUUUCUCGUGGGGUCUAAGUUUACAUAUUGUA